CAAGGAUAUUCCCUGCCUCCUCCUUGCGAUAGACAGCACUCCGUCUUCUCUCUCCUACACAUACCAAACAAUCCAAACAAAAAGACAACCUGACCGCUCCUUUGCUGGCAUAUACGGAGUAGUAUUUCUGCGUUGGGACAGCUUCUUUCGUUUUUGUUAUCAUGAAACACCCACACUGCGUCAGAAAAUCAUCGUGACCGACUUGACGGGCGCCGCCCUUACCCUUUUUCGAAAUCACGAAUCUACUGGCCGGACCCCUGUUGACUCUCCGACGAUAUCUUUCGAUCAACUGAAACUAAUCUGUGACCGGCACCAACCACCAACCGACAUUGACGCCUCUCCCAUGGCCUCCUCGCUAUAACAUCACGUCGAGUCUCCACGAGUGUCUUUUCUGAAAAUAAAAAAGAGAUCGAACCACACGUUCUUACAUCAACGACGACCUGCUGGCAGAAUCGUUGACGAACAUACUGUGGGUCGCCAGCCGAAAGCGUUGUCCGAUCCUUGAAACCUCCCCAAUCGAUGCCGGCGACGGUCUGGAAGGGAAGCCUGCCAGCCCCCUCUCUGCCACCAAGUUUCCCAGAGUUUGAACUGGGCUCAGCACAUGUCAGCCAGUCAAUGGUCAUGGAGGAGCCCCUAGACUCGGAAGCUCUGCCCUCCCCUCGGCAUGGCUGCAGACAUGGUUCAAUGCUAGCGUCCUGUCAAGCGUCAGCACCAUCGUUCUCCACUCCACCAAUCGUCCCGAGUCCUUCGCCAGGGGUCGAACCAUUGGAAACUUUGCAUCUUGGCUACGAUCCUCAAGCUUCCUCCUCAGAGUUGGCAGGCCUGGGUCAACAAGGUGUCCUCGACAUUGAUCAUGUUCUUUGGCGCAUACCGACGUUCGUUUCCUCGAAAACUCCCAGCAACAACUACGCAGAUGUAAUAUUGUCAUCGUGCACGACCACCGUCCAUAAUAGCUCCAUACGCAACAACACUCGUUCGGAAAUUAAAUUACCAGAUUCGCAGGCGGAAACACUCGACCACUUCCAAAGGCAAUCCUGCAACUACUUUCUCAAUGAGAUCCCUCAACAAGGAAUCCGCUCGUUAACGUUCUCGUCCGAUGUUCACGGUCUGAAUAUGACCACAAUCACCUCAAGUAUUCCAGGUUCACCACCAGACCUAUCCGGUUCCCGCUCCUCCAAAUCCUCGUCAUACUCUUCCACAUUGUCGAAUCCGGACGAAUUGGAAUCUGACUCGAUAAUUAACUUUGAAGAGAUUGGAUUGGAAGAUGACAAGCGUCCUUCUCCGCUAGGCUACCAUUCAAGAGACAUUUCCGUACAAUCAUUUGCAUCGAACCAUGAAUUGAUGAAGUCCAGAGAAUCGGGGUCGGGAGACAAGCGACAUGCGCUUCCGCAUCUGCAAACGCAAUUGACAUCUCAUAGGAGGCAGGAGUCUACGACUCCAAGGGCGAUUGGGCCAAGGAUGUUGACAACGAAGCGCGCUUUCACCAGCACAGAGAACUUCUUCCCACCCUCCAACCGGACAAGAUCCUCUUCACCACCACAGAGGAGGGCGCUCGCCAAUAUCUCCAACACCGCUCUCAGUGCCGGUGGCCUGCGACCCCUUCCCCGUUCAUCAGCAUCAAGUCUAGGACUGCCAUCAAGACGUGCCUCUUGGCAACCACAGAGAAAGACCGUCAAGGAGCUGGAGGCAGAAUGCAAUGAUUCGGACGAUGAGUUGCCUGACGACGCGAGUCUCUGGAAUGUCCCGGUGUCACCGCAUGUCUCAGGCCAAAGAUCACACCGCUCGAGCUUCCGUGGAAGUCCGGAAAGGGACCUCCGAGCUUCGAGUCCACGUCCUAUUCCUUUGGAUCAUGCAAAAACUGCUCCAGAAUCACCUCCUCGUACGACUAUGCAUUCCCAGGUUGUUCCAAAGAACAGACAAUCAGUCUCACGCUCAAGUUCUUUGAAUCCCCCGGCCUCCACUCCUUCAUCACCACGCAGGGCUAACAACCUCCGCAACAACGGAAGGACAAAGUCCUGGAAUCUUGCCAUGGCAGGUCUCAGCGAGGAGGCUCGAGUCAUCUCCGAAGCCCUCGAAUAUCACGCCGAAACGAAACAGCAAGCACGGCUUGAAAACCUUCGCAAUAAUUCUUCACGGGAAAGCUUGGAAAGUCUUGCAGAUAACAAAUCGACCCGAAGCUCUAGCAUUCAGUUGCCACCAAUUCAAAAAAGUACCUUGGAUUUUAUGCCAAUGUCCAAGGAGAAGGAGUCCAUUUUGUCUCGAACAAGGCCCUCGUGGCUGCCACCCAAGGACCCAAAAGAAGAACGACGGCAUUUGAGAGAAUAUCAACGAAUGAUGGCAGCAUCAGUUGAAGCCGAGAAGAAACGUCGCACCAAGCUGCAGGUUCAGCAGUGCACGAAGGAUAACACGAGGGAAUCGCUCAAUCGGAUUUGGCAGUAUUAUAUCGAAGAAAGCACGGAUCUUGCGACAAUCGACAAGCGAGUUAAUGAUCUCUCUUGGCGCGGCAUUAGUCCCAACAUCCGUGGUAAGGUGUGGCAGAGGAAGAUAGGAAAUCCUCUUGGGCUCACGUUGAAGAGUUACGAAAAGGCUUUGCAGCGAGCUAAAGAGAUCAAGAACCUGCCGAGCGAACAACUUGACCGCGCUUCUCGGAGCAUGGAACGCUGGUUCGUUGACAUCGCAAGAGACGCGGAGACGGCAUUCCCUGAGCUCAAACUUUUCCAAAAGAACGCUCCACUCUGGCAAGAUCUGGUUGAUGUUUGUGAAGCAUACGCAUGCUAUCGAAGCGAUGUGGGAUACAUCUAUGGGAUUCAACUAAUUGCUGCGCUGCUUUUGCUACAAUUGUCAACUCCUGCAGAUGCUUUUAUUCUGUUGGCGAAUUGUUUGAACAGACCGAUACCACUGGGAUUUCAAACCAACGACAUUACCACGACUGGACGAACUUAUAAUCACGCAAUUUCGACAUUGGGGAUCAAAUUCCCUCGUCUUCACGAAUAUCUUUUUGGUUCAAUGGAGCAAGGUGGUUUGGGCUUCCGUGGGGAAGAGAUUUUUGAGCCCAUGUUUCGCACCAUAUUUUCCAAUGGGCUGGACGUUGACAGACUUUGUCGCAUUUGGGAUAUUUGGGUCUUCGAAGGUGAUCGCGCCCUUGUUCGAGCUGCCGUCGCGGUUUUGGGAAGCCUCCAGUCCCAAUUGUUUGAUAUUCGGGGCAACAUCGACUUGAAAAGGCGUAACAUUCAAGAGAUGCUUGGAUGGGGGCCCUUCAACCGAGAGCCCAAGUCCGGACAUUGGAACUUGCACACUUUAGGAGAUGAAGAAAAGUUUGUCGAAGAGAUACGCCUUGCCGGUACCCUUGAUUAUACUGGCAAGUGAUGAUGUUUGACGACGUGUACAGACUCUGUACAAAGAAGGCGUCCUGAAUGAAUGCACAGGGAAGGUAUUUGCCUCCUCCACUUGCUAUUUGAUCAACGAAAAAGCGAUUAUGGGAACCAGUCAAGUCACAGGGCGAUUUUGUUCGGUCCUGUUGCAACAGCUGAAUGGAGAGACAGCAGGACAGAGCACAUUCUUUUUAUUCGAAGCCCGAAACUUGCAACUUGUAUAUAUUUUAAUUUUGGUUGUGAACAUGGGACAUGAUUGUACCUAGUCUGGCCAUCCCUGUAUUUUGAUCCAGUCUUUCUUUUACGAGAUCCAAGAUAUGAUGAGGGCGAAGACGGGAAAAUAUUUAAUUCACGGCUCUAUGUUGUUGU